AUGGCGCUACUUACCAACUUCCGCAACGACUUGCAGCAACUGUAUCGUCAGUCUGCUUUUUUUGUCACUGAUUGGUCUAUUUGGAUUUGCGGCUGUGCGAUCAUCGUUGGUUACUUUAUCAUUCGAAUUAGGCGCGCCCGGUUUUCAUACCUAGACUUGCCUCAACCACCUCACAAUGCUGUUUUUGGUCACCUACUUGCGAUGGGAGAGGUUGCCCGAUCCCUUCCAAAGGAUAUUUCACCGCACAUUAUGUUUACUCAGCUACAACAUAAAUACAACCUUGGGUCGCUCUUUACGGUGGACUUACGCCCGUUUGCCCCGGACAAGACUUUAGUUAUUGCAGAUCCGAUUCUAGCGAAGAAGGUUACACAGGCACCAGUGCUACCGAAACAUCCCGUGAAUGGAACUAUCAUUUCUCAUGUUGUCGGCCAUAAAAGCCUUAUACUAUCAGAAGGUAAGGAAUGGCAGGCAAUACGUUCUAUCUUUGCACCAGGCUUUGCUCCUAGUAAGAUCAUUGAUCUUGCCGGUGCAAUCGUGGACGAAACACUUGUCUUUUGCAAUAUCUUACGUCAAUAUGCGCAAACUGGGGAAACAUUCAGACUUUGGGAUGCUGUAAUUAAUCUCACCAUCGAUAUCAUUGGACAAGCAAUCCUUGAUGUUAAGCUCAAGUCCCAGACUACCGAGAACGAAUUUGUGGUAGCUCUGCGCCAUCUCAUCUUAUCUACACCGAAUUUCGGCAGUCUGAACCCAUUUGCGAAUCUGAACCUGAUUCGGCCAGUCAUACACUGGUACUAUGGACGCAAGGUAGACAAUUAUCUUUCCAAAGUUAUCGAUAUGCGGAUGAAACUCGUGACAGAAACGAAAACCUCAAAGCCUGUUCUGGACUACGCACUGGAAGAAAAUGGUCGAAAUGGCCGGACAAUCAUCCCCCAGCACGAGCUGAAUCGCGUUGUUCUUGAUAAUAUGCGUUCUUUCAUCUUUGCAGGUCAUGAUACAACAGCUAGCACUAUUUCCUACAUAUAUCUUAUGAUUGAGCGCCACCCGGAUGUACUCCGGAAGGUACAACAUGAACAUGACCAGGUCUUCUCGACAGAUUUAUCCCAAACGGCACAAAAAAUUAAAGAAACCCCCACGCUCUUGAACCAACUUCCCUAUACACUUGCUGUGAUCAAGGAGGUCCUCCGGUUAUACCCUAUUGGCCAUCCAGCGAAAAUUGUUAGUGACGGAUAUGAACUUACUCAUGAUGGAACAAAAUAUACUUUGAAAGGUAGCUACAUGAUGAUGAUAGCCACACACACAAUGGGACGAUCCGCGAACCUCUUUGCGGACCCCGACGAGUUUCGACCCGAACGCUUUCUACCUGGUGCAUCAGAUUCGAUUUCCACCGAUGCCUGGCGCCCUUUCGAGAGGGGGCCUCGCAACUGUAUAGGUCAAGGGCUAGCAUUACUAGAGAUGAAAAUUGUCAUGGUGCUUACAUUGCGCGAGUUCAACGUGAGGUCAGCCUUUAUAAAGCAGCAGUGUGGAACACCAGAUUCCUUGCGAACUAUGAACGGUGACCCGGCUUACCAGGUACAAGGCAUCGCGGCGAAGCCCAAGGAUGGUUUACCGUCCAAGGUUAUCGAACGCGUGUUGCCCGUUCACAAGUAG